AUGCAAAUCGAGGAUUUAUCCACGGAUGGGUUUCCAGCUUGGUCAUCAUUCGUGUGCUCACCGAAUAUAACAAAAUUAGAAGCAGAAACUUUAAAAAGAGGCAAAUCAAAUGGUAAAACAAAAGAAAAAGAUAAAGCGACACCUUUGCCUCCAGAACAUAUCACUCAAACUUCAACAAAUGACUUAGCAUCUGGUGAUUGGACCGAAAAACAAGAGGUUUGGCCUUGUUUUAUAUUUAAUCCAAAAAACAUUCGGUUCAUUCCUGGUGAAGUGGAUCAAAUAAUUUUAAUAGCUUAUGAUGAUAAAGAACUUGUUAAGACAAGUCCAAACGGUUUAUUAUUUGGUAUAUUUGAUGAAGAAAGAAAUAUGUCUAGUAUUCAACCUUUUAUUGGUCCAAUACCUUCUGUAAACACUUUUACUUUCACAAGAAGUGUAAGACAUAAUUUAUAUGAUGGCUUCCAUUCUUCUUUCUUUGUUAACAUGCAAAAUAUUGUUAAACAAGAUGAACCUUUUGGUCAAAAAAACAUUUUAGCAAGAUUUCUAUAUUCUCCAGAUACUUAUUUAACAACGACUUAUACGGAGAAGAGGCCAUAUACUCUAUACGACCUAGUCUCCUCCGUUGGUGGUCUUACGACAUUUACUAUGGCGCUCUGGUAUUUUUUGUUUGGGAGGGGCAAGUAUUGUUCAUGGGGAAUAGUCCAGCGAUAUUUGCUACAUACUUCACCAGAUGCGAAGAAAAGAGAUAAUAAUCAUUUAUUACCUAUUUCUUACGACGAUACAAAAUUCAUGGAAAGUCAAAUGAGCAGCAACACACUUGUUGGUUCACCGUGUACAAUAACCGGAAAACCGAUUUCAUCAUCACCAACUCCUAUAAAUGGUAAUACGCAUACACCUUCAUUAUAUUAUUUCCCAUCUACAGGAACUCCAGCACUUUCUCAUCCGAUUUCAGGGUCAAAGAGUCUAAGUAAAAGAAUUGAUGCUAGAAUCAAUCAGAAACUUUGGUUUGUUGAACAAACCUUAAGUCGUCAUUAUCUUUCUGGAUUUAGAUUACCUUUAUUUCCGCCAACUAUUCAUCUUAAUUGGAAUAAUUUCAAUUCAGGUGCCCGUUCUCCCGAUCAGAAUAGUCUUAGACAAGUUCAAUCGUCCUUCCCUAGAAUCAGUUCUUUAAAUCCAGAGGAACUUGGACCAAAAGUAUCUAUACGUCAAGUGCCUCUUGAAAAGAAUUCUAUGGGAAGAAAUGAAAUAAAUAAUGAACCAACUGAUAUAGCUGAUGGAUAUUUUAUUUCAAAAGAAUCAACAUCAACACCAUCAACAUCUCACUUACCUAAUAUUCCUGCGCAAUCACUAUCCCGUAAAACAAUCUCUAUUAUCACAAAGUAA